AUGGAAGGAGGGCCGGAGGCAGCUAGUAAGCAAGAGUUCACAGAAUUCUGGAAAAGAGCAACUAGUUCGCCUUACAUCAUGCGCCUUGCUCUAUCGGCCGGAAUUGGAGGUCUCCUCUUCGGCUACGAUACCGGUGUUAUCUCAGGAGCCUUGCUUUACAUUCGCGAGGACUUUGUAGAAGUUGAUAAGAAAUUAUGGUUGCAGGAAGUCAUUGUAAGUAUGGCUGUAGCGGGAGCCAUUAUUGGUGCUGCACUUGGUGGAUGGAUGAACGACAUGCUCGGCCGUAAGACCUCUAUCUUGGGGGCUGAUAUUGUUUUCUUUCUUGGCGCAAUAGUCAUGGCUAUUGCCCCUGCUCCUUGGGUCCUCGUCGUUGGAAGAAUUUUGGUUGGUUUUGGAGUUGGCAUAGCUUCCAUGACUUCCCCUCUCUAUAUCUCAGAAGCCUCUCCAGCUGCCAUUAGAGGAGCUCUCGUUUGUAUCAAUGGUCUCCUCAUCACCUUUGGCCAGUUCUUCUCCUACCUUAUCAACCUCGCAUUCACCAAGACUCCUGGAACGUGGCGUUGGAUGCUUGGGGUGGCCGGACUUCCGGCGGUGGUUCAAUUCGUUUUAAUGCUGACCCUUCCUGAGUCACCGAGGUGGUUGUACAACCAGGGGAAAGAAAAUGAGUCCAGAAAAAUCCUGGAAAAGAUUUACAGAGCAGACGAGAUUGAAGGGGAGAUAAAAGCAAUGAGAGAAGCCGUAGAACAAGAGAAGCAAGAGGAAGGGUUGAUCGGUCAAACUCUUGGAGAGAAAAUGAAGGCUGCUUUCAGCAACGUUGCUGUUCGAAGAGGAUUGUAUGCAGGCGUGACUGCUCAAGUCGCUCAACAAUUCGUUGGCAUCAACACCGUCAUGUAUUACAGCCCAACCAUUGUUCAGUUUGCCGGUAUUGCAUCAAAAUCUACCGCACUUGCACUCUCCCUCGUCACAUCUGGUCUCAACGCCAUUGGAUCUAUCCUUAGCAUGCUUUGCAUCGAUAAAUAUGGAAGGAGAAAGCUCAUGCUCCUAUCCCUUAUUGCAAUAAUCAUUUGCCUCCUCACUCUCACCGGAGUUUUCUAUCAGGCAGCUACCACCGCUCCUCCAAUUAACAACAUUGACACCCUCAGCUUCGGUGCUAACGCUACGUGUCAGGCUUAUCUUGAUGCCCCUAAUGUCUCUUCAUGGAAUUGCAUGAAAUGUUUGAAAGCUGAAUGUGCCUUCUGUGCCAGCACUGGGGGCAAUCAUCUUCCGGGAGCAUGCCUGGCAGAAACAAAGGAAGUCAGAGCGGUGUGCGGUGAGCAAAAGCGCGUGUGGUUUUCUGAUGGAUGCCCAAGCAAAAUUGGAGUGCUUGCAGUUAUAGUGUUGGGACUAUAUAUCCUAGCGUACUCUCCUGGAAUGGGAUCAGUGCCUUGGGUUUUGAACUCAGAGAUUUACCCAUUGAGAUUCAGGGGAAUUGGUGGAGGCAUAGCAGCAGUUUCAAAUUGGUGUGCUAAUCUCAUAGUGAGUUUGACAUUCUUAUCACUCAUCCAUGCACUUGGGGCUGCAGGAACAUUCCUCCUCUUUGCUGGAUUUUCCACAAUUGGGCUCGUUGCCAUCUAUCUAUUGGUACCAGAGACCAAAGGGCUUCAGUUUGAAGAGGUUGAGAAGUUGCUUCAGAAAGGUUUCAACCCUUGCGGUUGCACUAAUCCAAAGACAGACGAAGAAAAAGCAAGUACUAGUAAUUAAAUAAAACAAUAUGAUAUGAUAUCAUGAAGCUGUUAGUUCUCUUUCUCCAUGUAUGUCAAUUUGUAUCCAACACAUUAAA